AUGGGUGCAUUUCAGUCCCUGUUUAGAAGUUUGUUUGGGAAAAAGGAGAUGAGAAUUUUGAUGGUGGGGUUGGAUGCGGCUGGUAAAACUACAAUUUUGUACAAGCUAAAAUUAGGAGAAAUUGUUACCACUAUCCCCACUAUAGGCUUCAAUGUAGAAACAGUUGAAUACAAGAACAUCAGUUUUACAGUAUGGGAUGUUGGUGGACAGGAUAAAAUCAGACCAUUGUGGAGACAUUAUUUCCAGAAUACACAAGAUUAUGUUUUUGCGAUGGACGCACCCUCAGGCGCGUUCCGAGGGCGCGUUCAGAGCUAUGUCAUCUACACAUGGGAUUUCGUCGGCUGCAAUGGAGCAAGUGUCCUCAACCAAAUAACAGCCGAAGAAAUA